AUGGCUCUAGAUAGGCAGGCAUGCGACUGUUGUUGCAUUCGUCGGGUAAAAUGUGAUCGUAAAAAGCCAUGUAAUUGCUGUCUUCAGCACAAUCUGCAAUGUACAUAUCUUCGACCUUUGAAGAAGAGAGGUCCGAAGUCCAUUCGGGCAAGAAGCUUAAAAAAAAUAGCUGAUGUUCAGGUAGUUACUGAAAAUAGUAGUGCCACUAUCAUAAAAGUUCCGAAGGAGCUGAUUGAUCAAUGUCUGCGGCUUUAUCACGACAAAUUGUAUGUGAUCUGGCCUUUACUCUGCUAUGAUGAUCUUCACAAGCUUUUGGACGAAAAAUAUAGUGACUGUUGCGUUUACUGGUUUCUGGUAUCUCUUUCCGCUGCCACACUUAGCGAUUUGCAAACUGAAAUUGAGUCUAAAAAGGGGACUUCUUUCACUGGAAAACAGUUAUCCAGUCUGUGCAUGUCGUCACGUCAAGAAUUUGACGACUUCAAUGGUAGUGACAUAUUCAAGAUUAUGACGUAUUAUUGUUUGAACCGUUGUUAUGCACAGAUGUCCAAUUCCAGAACUUCAUACAGACUUUCUUGCGAAGCUGUAGGACUCAUCAAGUUGGCCGGGUUCCAUCGGGAGAAAACUUUUGAAUCUCUUUCUUUCGAUGAGCAGCAGCUUGGGCGGAAGAUUUAUUAUUUGCUUCUAUUGACGGAAAGAUACUUUUCCGUUUACACACAUUGUGCAACAAGUCUGGAUACCACAAUAGCUCCGCCACAGCCUGAAAUUGUGACCGACCCCCGGCUUUCUCUGGAUAGUUUUCUCGAGAUGAUUAGAGUAUUUACUGUGCCAGGAAAAUGUUUCUUUGAUGCUUUAGCUACUGACUCCGCCAACGUGUCCUGUACUGAAGACUCUUUGAGAAAGAUAUGGAGGGAACUUCACAAAGUGCCUCUUGAAAUAGAGCCAUGGUCCUACGGGUAUGUGGAUAUAUCAUUUUCUCGGCAUUGGAUCAGAACACUGGCUUGGAAAUUAGUUCUACGGAUAAAAGGUAUGCGGAUUAGUUUUCUUUCCAACAGCAAUAAUGCCCACAUACCAGUCGAAAUUGCUAGGGACAUGUUAGAGGACACGUUUUUGAUUCCAAAUAAUCUCUAUGAAGUUCACGGUCCUGGAAUAUCAGUGAAGGCACUAGAAAUAGCAGACGCAUUAGUGGACGUUGUAAAUCAGUAUGAUCAAAAUAUGGAAUCGGAGGCCUGGAGCUUUCUGUUCGACAUAUCGAAGUUCAUUUUCUCUCUAAAACACUGUGACAGCAUACUAGUUGACAGGUUUACGACAAAAUGUCAAAGUGCUCUUAUUACGCUUCCAAUCUCUAAAUCUCUGGAUUCAAAUGAUAAUCUUAAAGAAAUCGUCGAUAUACUUCCAUGA